AUGAUUGAAAAACCUAAAAAGAAAGCAUUAAGGCCCAUUGCGCUAACUAAUUGCCUUGGUAACAUAGCUGAAAAAAUAAUAAAUGAGAGGAUAAAGGCAUGGGCAGAAGAUGAGGAGAUAAUGGAUCCGGAUCAAAAUGGCUUUAGAAAAGAAAACACAAGGAUCAUACCGAAGGUGUCCUUCAAAAGGGUCUUCCACAAGGUUCAAUAUUUAGUCCAAUCUUAUAUAACCUAUACAUAUACGUCGGAUAUAACACAAGGUACAAAUCAACAGAACUCUAAAACCCUACAAUAUGCAGAUGAUAUGAUAACCAUAACAACAGGAAAAGACUCAUGGGAACUAGCCACCACUAUUGAGAAUAAUCUAGAAAUCAUUAUUAAAAACCUUAAAAAAAUAAAUCUGGAAGUUUCGGAAGAAAACACUCAAAUGAUAAUCUUUAACAGAAAUGGUAAUAUCUACAAAAAGGGAAUUAAGAUUGGGAUAAAUAACCAACAGAUAAAGGAGGAGAAACAACUAAAAUUUCUGGGAAUCAUAUUUGAUCAAAAAAUGAAUUUCAGUAAACAUAUAGAAACUGUUAUGUCGGCGGGAUAGGCGUAAUGAAAACUCGUAAUUGAU